UGCAGAGGAGAGAGUCGAGGACUUCCUGGAAACCAAAGGCAAGCCGAGGAAACAGGUGUGACCAGCAGAAGGAGCCACAUGAUGAGUGGGAUCCUGAAGAGGAAGCUUGAAGAGGGCCCGUCUCCUUACUUGUCCCUGCAGGGCUCUGAUGAUGAAGUUUCCUGCAGCGACAGCGGCAACAGCAGCGAUAGUCUCAACCACCCCGUCCCCUCUGGCCUGCUGGACUCCACUCUCCAGCAGCAGUCAAAGCGACUGCGGGGCCGCAACGUGCACUUUGAAAGCGUGACAGUCUACUACUUUAACCGUAGACAGGGCUUCACCAGCGUGCCCACGCAGGGUGGCAGCACCUUGGGGAUGUCACCGCGUCACAGCGGGGUGAAGCGUUUCACACUGAGGGAGUUUGCCAUGGAGCAGAAACGGAGCCACCGGAACAUGCUGAGAGAUCAUCUCAAAGAGGAGAAACUCAACGCAGUCAAACUCAAACUGACUAAGAAUGGCACUGUGUCAUCAGUGGAGGCGGAUAACCUGACGCUGGACGACAUCUCCGAAGACGACCUGGAUGUGGACAACACGGAGGUGGACGAUUACUUCUUCCUGCAGCCUCUGACUACCAGGAGGCGCCGCAUCCUUCUCCGUUCCUCCGGGGUUCGGCGCAUUGACGUGGAGGAGAAGCACGAGCUGCGAGCCCUCCGCAUGUCCCGAGAGGAGUGUGGGUGCCGCUGCCGGGGGAUAUGCGACCCGGAGACCUGUGCUUGCAGCCUGGCCGGCAUUAAGUGCCAGGUGGACCGCAUGUCCUUCCCCUGUGGCUGCACAAAAGAAGGCUGCAGCAACAACACGGGGCGCCUGGAGUUCAACCCGGUCCGGGUGCGCACCCACUUCCUGCACACCAUCAUGAAGCUGGAGCUGGAGAAGAGCCGCGAGGAGCAGCAGCAGCAGCAUCAGCAGCAACCGGAGCAGCAGCUUGUAACCAAUGGCAACGGUUACCAUGGCGACUCCUCCUUGGUCCAGCAGCAGCAGCAGCAGCAGCAGCAGCCGCCGAACCUGCAGUUCCCAUUGAUGAGUGGCACGCCGCACAUUCCCAUCAUGCACCUCCAGAACACAGGCGAUUCACAUCUAGAUGAAGAGGAGGAAGAGGAAGAAGAGGAGGAGGAUGAUGAGGAGGAUGAGGAUGAUGAGGCAUAUGAGGAAGACGAGGAUGGCAGCAGUGUUUGCAGCGGGCUGUCGGACUGCAGCACACACAGCUUGGAAACAAUAGACCCCGAGGAGGAAGAAGAAGAAGAGGAGGACGAGGAGGAUGAGGAGGAUGAAGAUGAUGAGGAGGAGGAAGAUGAGGAUGAGGAGGAAGAUUGGGAUUUGCACGGAACGAGUCCUCCGCCCUACUCUGUCCCACUUCCCUCUGUGCUGAGUUACUCCAAUAACACACUCAUGAGCCUCAGUAACCCCUUUCACAACGCUCCCUCCAUGCAGCAUUAUCAAAUAGACAGCUCUGUAAAUGACACUCCUGCUUUCCUCAGUGAAAAUGUCACCGUCGCCCCAACGCUCCCCACAGUAGAGACGGCAUUAGAGUCUGACAUAACUCCUGAACUGCGCCGCAAAACUGAGCAGCAGAGCAUUCCCUGCCAUUUCCCCGACCCCACAGAGUCCCUCCAAACUUGCUCACAUGUAGACACCCGUGAGAGUAACACUGCCCCUGCUGGUGCAGCCGAGGAACAGCCGCUCUCCACAGACCUCCAGAACAAUCCAGACCACCAUGACUCACAGACUGAGGCUUCACUCGUGUCUGCGGAGCUGACAAAGGAGCAACCAGGACUGCAUGAUCAAAUCACAGACACGUCAGAGAGCACCUGA